GGCUGGGCGGACACGCCCCCCGGCUCGCGGCCCCCUCAGCGCGUUCUCCGCCGCCGGCGCCGCCGCCUCUCGCUCCCCAGUCAGAGGGCCGGAGCGAGAAGAUGGCGAAGACUUACGACUAUCUGUUCAAGCUGCUGCUGAUCGGAGACUCGGGCGUGGGCAAGACCUGCCUCCUGUUCCGCUUCUCCGAGGAUGCCUUCAACACCACCUUCAUUUCCACCAUCGGAAUUGAUUUUAAAAUCAGAACGAUAGAACUAGAUGGAAAGAAAAUUAAGCUUCAGAUAUGGGACACAGCAGGUCAGGAAAGAUUUCGAACAAUCACGACCGCUUACUAUAGAGGAGCAAUGGGGAUUAUGCUGGUCUAUGACAUCACAAAUGAAAAAUCCUUUGACAAUAUUAAGAACUGGAUAAGAAACAUUGAAGAGCAUGCCUCUUCCGAUGUUGAAAGAAUGAUCCUGGGUAACAAAUGUGAUAUGAAUGACAAAAGACAAGUGUCAAAGGAAAGAGGAGAGAAGUUAGCAAUUGACUAUGGGAUUAAAUUUUUGGAGACCAGUGCAAAAUCCAGUACAAAUGUAGAAGAGGCAUUUUUUACACUUGCACGAGAUAUAAUGACAAAACUCAACAGAAAAAUGAAUGACAGCAAUUCAUCAGGGGCAGGUGGACCAGUGAAAAUAACAGAGAACCGAUCCAAGAAGACCAGCUUCUUCCGCUGUUCGCUGCUUUGAUAAACUCUUUGUUUCUGAGAGAGAGAGAGACUGCAGCACAUGGAGAGGGUCCUUUCCUGCUUCUCUGAAAGCACAGGUCCCCCAUCCUCUAAGUCACCCCGCCCCCCGGCUGCUGCGGAGAGCACCACUAAACUCUUUUUCUCGACACAGAGUGCCAAGUGGAUUCCAGCUUCGUGGCCUCAAAAAAGAACAGGCUCCUUUUUCAUACAUGGAAGCAAUGACAUGGAGACACAUGCAGGAUCUAACUGGUUUUUACUUUCUUUAUGCCUGCUGCAGAAGCUGCUGUCUUUCUUUUCCACUUUGCACGUCGUUGUUAGCCUUUCCCUCUGACAGCGCAGUCUCAGACUCCUGUCUGUGGCACUUUGGUGUCAUGAAGUUCUAGACAAAUGUGUACACUCGGGAUGUUUAAAAGACAGCAAAAUAUUAAGCAGGGGUUAACUGAAGUUAAAGGACAGUUUAAAAAAUUUUUUUAAAGGCCCUUUUAUUUUUCAGAGGCCACAAUUUCUUUUUUUCUUCAGAUUAUUGAAUUUUGCUUCAUUUUUGAUUUUUUUUUUUUUUUUUUUUUGGCCAGAGUCUGGGUAGCUGAAUGAAUUGCUUUUUAAAUUUAUUGCCUCUGCCUAAUCUAUAGAAACUGCAUUUGGAGAUACUGUUAUCUCACUUAUCCCAGGUCUGUAAUUUGCUGUGCUUUCUCAUGUUCGGCAUGUUUUACUUAUCUAAAUGUUUACUUUAUCUAAACCUAGUAACACUUUGUUUCUAUUUCCAAAUUUGUUCAACUGAAAUUUUCAUAAGCAGCAUUGUAUUGCUUAGGGUUUUAUUUUCCACAUUAUAUCAGGAUAUAUAUUUUUUGUUGGGUUUACCCCUCAGCUUACUGUUUUCGUUGUAAUACCUGAUUUCUACUAUAAUCCCUAUCUGCAAGAGUUAACAAAAGUUAGAUUUAGAUUUUAGUUUGCAGAAAGCUUAUCCAUGAGAAGGAUUAAUUUGUUGAUAUAAAUUUAAGGCAUAGUCCUAGUUAUAGUGAAAAUAAUAAUCUUUGGGUCUAUUUUUCUUUCUUUUUAAACAAAAGUACUUAGACUUAGUUUAUCAUAUAGGAAAAGUCUUGCCUUCAUAUUAGACAAAAGAUGAUCGGCAUUUCAGUUUUAAAUAGCUGUUAGUGAAUAUGUGGUGCCCAACUCCAUCUAUUUAGGUUCAUUAUGACAGAACUCUGUCCUCAUUUGGGCCAAAUCUUUUCUUCCCAAACCCUGGUACUGGUAUUCCUACUGUAGACAAAGCAUCACAUUAAAAAAGUAUUUAGUGUUAAUUUAUGUGCCAAAUUCCAAUUAUAAUGUCACUGUUGUUAUUACAGUUUUUAGUGUCAUAACACAGAAGGGAAUAGGAAAGAGGUGACGAAGCAAAUGAAUCCUGUUAUAAUUAAUCUUUCUGCCACACCUGCCAAGGCUGCUGUCAGGCCAGGUUAGGAACAGAAGAUGGAAGUGGGAAUGCUGGAUUGCUUGUUAUCACAAAGAUUUCUGCUUCAAAUUAGGAUUUGUUGUUUAAAUACUUAGACCAGUCAGCCUUUAUUACUUGUUUUAAAACUUAGAAACAGUUUAGUAGUUAUACACAUGCCAGAGCUACUUUUGAUGGUUACACUAAACUUGCUGUUGACAAAUUUCAGCCUCCUUGAUUUUGUCUGUUUGAUCAUUUUAUUAGUUACAAAUAAGCUUAAAGGCACUCAUUGGUAUGUAAUCAGUAGUUCUAUGGUUGAAAGUUGAGUGUGAGUCUGCCAUCUUUAGACACACAUUUGAGUAGAAAAAAUAAUUUGUUGGAAACAUCUUGUUUAAUUAUGUGUGUGUGUGUGUGUGUGGGGUAAAUCCAAGCAAUUAAGCUUUCUGGAUGGUAAUGAAGUACUUUUUAAAGGGCAAGUGCUAUGACACCAUGUAUGAAUGUAAUUCUCUUAGUAUUUUACCUCUGACUAUUUGGUGUCUUAACACUUUGGUUUCUAUCUCAGGGGUUGUCUGCAAACCAAAACUGACACGUUCUGUGGUUAGUCUACUUUUUUUUUUUUAAACAACGCUUUGCUUUUGUUACAUUUCUUCAUUCUCUUUUUGCCUUCUGUAGGUAUAACUAGUCUCCAUGAACUUCCUUUUGAAAGAGCCUGUAAAAGUUAAAUGAGUCUAAACGUGCUCUUUGAAGUAGCAGCACACUGGGAGUAUACUCUGUUAUAUAGAAGUAAAUUGUCCUUGCUAUUUUCUUACAUUUAGCUUUGCUAAAUUGUAUAUAAUUUGAGUUAAGACCAUAGGAAAUUUACUUUCUGCAUGGUAAAGUGACCCAAUAAAUAUUUCAUUUUGCUUAAUAAUGUACAUAUAGUGCAUUAUUUUUUCUAUUUGUACAUGGUUUUAGUAACAGAUAACUGUCUGUUCCCUGCUGAAACUGAAGAAAUCUAGUUUUUUUGUGUGUGAAUAUUUUUGUGGUCUUAUGGAUAAAAGGUACAUAAAGAUUUUCACAGCAGUAUCAGUGGCUCAGUGGCUGCACUUUAUUAACAGUGUGCUAAGUUUUGAUGAUUGGACCAGACCUUUUCCAAUAGAAUCUGAGGGUAUCAGACAAUGAAAAUGUGCUGUACCUAAGUAGCAUGUAAAUCAGCUGAUUAUAGAAUGUUUCGCUGGGAAGUUAUUUUAGCUACAUUUUUCUUCAGACAGAUUAUGAUUAAAUAAUCCACCUGUGCAUCAGUUAGUAGAUGCUCCAGGGUUUCUUACUAUUUACACGAACAUUUUGUGCAGUCUUUGUUAUAAAUUUUCAGAAGAGUAUACUCUUUACUUUGAAGGACUAUUUUUAAAUUAUACCUCAUUUAGCUAAAUAGUAUUCUAAUACCUGGUAUAAAACAGUGAGCCAGCUUUUAAGAAUCAAUACAAUUUAGAUUAUAUGUUUUGUUUUGUUUUGAAGGCAUCCUUGGAAAAAUGUAGGUGAUAUCUAUAUUUAGAGUAGAACAUAUGUGUUAUUCCAGCAGUGUUAAAAAAAGUACUAUCUCCCUGCCCCCAUUAAUAAAUUUAGCUGUGCAAUAUAGAUACAUUUUUGCAUAAUUUUCUAAGUAAGAGAUUAUAAUUCCAUUUUACUGAAAGCCUGUAUUAAGGCCUAUAAAGUUUUUCCUGUGAUUGGUAAAUGAUACAUUUAAGAAACCCUUUUCAAGUUUAUGACUUAGACUUCUUUGUAAGUUUAAUUUUUAGUCUUUAAAGAUGAGCUUCUAAACUUAAAAAUUUUAAAAUGUAUUUCAUUAUGUGGCACUUACCUCAAAUUCUAAGCAAUUUUUUAGACUUUUAAAACAUUCUCUUUUCUUUCUUGUUACAUUAAAAGUAGAGAGGAAUGUCUAAAAACAAAAUCCCUUCUUGUAAAAGGACCUCAAAAGACAGAACAUGAUAAUAAAAUUUCAAAUCCUAGCUAAAUUUUAUAGUAGGAUCAACCUUUCUGAGACUACUAAAAAUAAUGGAUGUCGAGUGCACAUGAAAAAAUCUAAAUGACCUAAAUGUACAGAAAGGAGAAUGAACAGUUAUUUUAGGGCUAUUUUCAGAUUUUACUUCAUUUCUUGAAAUGUGUGCCAUAUGUAAUUGCAUUUCUCAUUGCCAAGAUCUCAUAGAACUUACUUCAUUUUUUCACCUUUAAAAAAUGUGAAUUUAAUUAUGAUAGUUCAUUCCUAUGCCUUACAGAUAAGUGUUAUUUUGUUUGCAGUUAUUUAUAUUGCAACUGUAGUUCAAUAUAAAACACCAUAAACUAUUUGACUAAAAUCAUGCCCUUAAAGGGAACUGUCUAGUUUUCACCAAGAACUAUCCUACAGUGUAUGUUUAGAUAUAUUUUAUUUUUGCUCCAAUGGCUUAAUGUAAAAAUCUCCUGCAGAUAAAAUGGACCUGUCAUGAGGUUAAUCUUGUUUAAGUCAAUUCAUUAACUAUGUACUGAUAAUGAUGCUGUGGUUUUUUUAAAAUGGAUUUUAUUCCGGGUGAACUUUUUUUUACAAUAAUGUUCAUCUAAAAUAAAACCUACAUAAUUAAACUGUUA